CGAUGAACGAGAUAAAAAGCAGGGCUCCAUCGGAUGCGGCUUGCACCUGACGGCAGCUCGUAUUUAACUUCAUCUUCAGUGCAAGACUCCAAAACUCCUUUCUCUCUGGCCUUGUACCAUGUCUCUGAGGAGCUUGGCUUCAUCCUUCCUGAGCCUCUGGAAGAGCUUCCACCUUACUACCAACCAUGGAUGGAAAUUGCCAUGCGAGUCCCAGAGCUUGUGCACUCACACAAGUUGCGCCCCCUUGUUAACAAGAUGCCACUGCUGAGCAGCCAGUUUCUGCAGAGACACCGAGAGUUACGGCUGGCCCACCUGGCCCUCAGUGUUAUGACCAUGGGCUACGUCUGGCAGGAGGGAGAGAAUGACACAGUUGAGAUGCUGCCGCAUACUCUGGCUGUUCCAUACUGGGAGGUGUCACAGCGCUUAGGCCUUCCCCCAAUUCUCACCCAUGCAGAUGCUGUAUUGGCUAACUGGAGGAAGAAAGAUCCAGAAGGGCCUUUUGACAUGGAGAACCUGGAGCUGCUGGUCACCCUCCCAGGUGGGGACAGUGUCCGGGGUUUCUUCAUGGUCACUCUGCUGGUGGAGCUGGCAGCAGUUCCUGCACUUAGGAGUAUUCCCAUUGUGAUCGAUGGUGUCAGGUGUGGUGAUACUGACGCUGUGGCCAAAGCUCUGGAGGACAUCAGCCAGUCUAUACAGGACAUGACAGAGGCACUCAAACUGAUGCAUGUGUACGUGGAGCCGUCAGUCUUCUAUGGCAUCAUGAGGAUCUACCUGUCUGGGUGGAAAGACAACCCCUGUAUGCCAAGGGGGCUGGUUUACGAGGGGGUCCAGAUAGAACCAAUGGAGUAUUCAGGAGGGAGUGCUGCACAGAGCAGCCUUCUGCACUGCUUUGAUGAACUUCUGGGAGUCAAUCAUGAAACAAAAAGUGGUGCCUUUCUAACCCGCAUGAGGGACUACAUGCCACCUGCUCACAAGCAACUGAUCCAGGCUAUCUCAGUGCAACCCUCCCUGAGGAGUUUUGUCCAGCAGCAGGCCAGCAAGCGGUUAAGCCAGGCGUUUGAGCUGUGUGUCACAAGACUGUUGGCUUUGCGCAGCUAUCACAUCAAUGUCGUCAGCCGCUUCAUCACAGUUCCUGCUGCUCGAGCCCGACAACUCCGUAAGCAGAGCCAGGACUCAGAGGGGGAGAUGAUCAGCAGAGCACCCACAGCACUAGAGGAGAGGGGCACUGGUGGUUCAGGCAUCAUGACCUUCCUAAAGACUGUGAGGGACCAAACAAGAGAAACCUUCCUGACUGAGACAAGCAAAGAAAUGAAGCACCACAGCUGAUGUGAACUGUCAUCACCAAGGAUAUAUAGCGGAGACUCAGAUACAUCAUCACAUAAAACAAGCAGUAAAUCACAUCUGAUUACUUAGCACACCAUUUUAUAUGUCAUUUAAAGGAUGCCUUUUAGCAAAAUGAAAGUGAGAGGCCUCUGAUGCUUGUCUUGUCUAGCUUUGUUGUGUCUGUAAACAAACCUCAGUCUCAUAGUCAUCAGUGUUACCCAUCAGUCGGUCCAAACCAAAAUUCAAACCAUCGCUUUUACUUUCCAUUACAUUCAACCACUAAACUACCACAAACCACUUACUAAACCCCCUUUACUUUUUGGAAAAUUAUCAGUUAAAUUGUAAUUUAGCAACAGCAAAGGUUUGUCUUUAACUUGAAAAUGUAUCAGCAUUUAUCUUUUACCAGGUUACUGAUUAGCCUAAUGUAGCAAUUUCACCAGACUUUUUUGUUACAUAAAAGUAAUUCAGAGAAGUUUCCAGCUGUCACAAAAUUACUAAAUACUGCAAUACCCAAUGACACCAUGGGAGGGCACUAAAGGGCAGCGUCAUAACUGAGACAGAGGGAAAAUUUCACUGGGUUUGCCUUUAAAAAGCUAAAGCAGUGGGCAAUACCUGUGUGCACCAAGGCCACUGAUUUGUAUCUUUUCGUCAAACAAAACUGACGUGAUGAAAUAAUAUGUUCAUCAUCACUUGUAGUCAUUUAAAGAUGUGUUGAAAUCCACAUUAGUAGUUAUCCUGAAGUCAUCACACUCUAAAAAUAUCGACAGGCUGGAACCUGAGCUUUCCAUCUCACAAAAUAAUCAGCCUUUAUUCAUCUUCACAAUGGGGUUGUCAUGUCGAAAGCACAAUGCACAAUGCAGCACAGAGAUGCAUCACUUAUCAGAGUGGUUACCUCAGCACUCCUGCUAUCCUCCAGCCCACAUCCAGCCCUCACAUGCCCCACUAUACUUCCUGGACUGAGAGUGUGGAAAACCCAGAGCAAUGAAGGGAUGGAUUGUGCCAUGAAUGGCUCAUGCUGUGUAAUCUUCACCUUUCCUGGCUUGUCUCCACUGGUGUUUCAUUACAAUAACAGCCGUGUAAGAUCAGAUAAAGCAGACGUUGUGGCAAUUAGACAUGACAAUUCCCCCAACCUGGGCGAUCUACUUUAUCUUGUCCUCUUGGGUAGCAGGGAAGACAAUAGGACAGCAAAUAGGAGACAGAGGGAGAGAGGAAACAAUUACACAUGGAGGAUUUCAGUAUGAGAUGUUUGUUAAAUGCUUUUGUUCUCCUAAUUGAUGUACCGUAAAUACAUUAAAAGUACAUAUAUAUAUCUAUCUGUGACACUCAUUGUUGCUUUUCACAUUGGGCUGCCAUACACCACUCACUCGGACAUGUUACAAAACUCGAGAAACCGUAGAACAUGACGGGAAGACCCGAGGUGAGAAGGUGAAAGGUGAACAGAAACUACGCAGGGAUGGGAUGGAGAGAGUUGGGUGGCGAGGAGGACAAACAGUGUGUUCACAUGUCACAGUGAUCUGAUUAGAGCCUUCUUCCAAAGCCAAAGCAAAUAAUCCCCUUCCUUAUUGCCUGACUGUGGAGGACUCCCUGACAACCCGGCGGUAAACACAGGCCAUCUCUAAGGAUGUCUUCAUUGUGUAGUCGGGGCUGGGCCUACACGGCUGCUGAAAUUUCACCUCAGCUCACAGCGGUGGUUGGUUUCAAUGCAGGACAUGACACACACACAGAUGCAGGCACACACCCGCUAGCACACGUCAAGUUUUUCAAAGUGAAUCAUUUGUUUUGUACUGAUGAUGGUGUGAGCUGUAUUAAAGAUACAUGUGUAUAAGAUGUCAAUUUUUAAUUUUGGAUAGGAAUAUUUUAGCUUAAAUGUUCCAAAGGAAUCAAUCAUAAACGUCCUGCAGUACUUGAGUGCAAACUUGCCAAGCAAAGGGUAUCAAGAAUCAAGUCAGCAAGCUAAAUAAGUGAUUUUCCUCACGGCAAAGGGCAUCUGGAGUCACUCUUGUUUUCUUGAAAACUCCUCAAACAUCCAUAUUCCAUCUAUCAGAGCGACAGGAUUACAGGCGUGGGUUCUCCUUUUGGUUAGACAAUCGGAUAUCUGUGCCUUGGUGGUUAACCACAGGAUAUCCUGGAUUCUGUUAUUGCAAAAUUGAAUUUAUGAUGCUGCUUACCUCAAGCCAAGCAAAGCCAGGACCUUUUCUCACCCUGUGAAUGAGGAGCCUCGAUGGCAGCAGCUAGGGAUUGAUUGUCUUUGGCGUGCACAUCACGGGCGUAGCUGGGAAUUAUGGGCUGUGUGUACAGUGCAGUAGGUGACUCUGGGCGUCUUUCCACUUUCUUCUCAUCUUGACAUCACUGUCUCUGUCAAACAUCUAUGACUACACACCCACAGGUCAGACACAUCUUCAGGAUUAAUUUUCCCGAUCAGUUUGGACACACCCUCACUUAGAU